AUGUCUACCACAUCCACAUGUCUCCAAGUCGAGGAGUUCCAAAAGGCUCCGACCACUUUCCACAACGAGAUCUUCUCGGGCUCGAUCUCAGAUUACUCAAAUGAGUCAAGGCCUCAGAGCGAACCGGCCUCGCCGCGGUCGGAAGAAUCGACACAACGAGUGUUGCUCUUGAAGGGGGCCCGCGAGCAAUAUGCAUUGGUGAACGACCAUGCUAUCCCUUCGGUAUUGCAUGAGGGGGAAAUCCUUGUCAAGGUCCUCGCUAUCGGUCUCAACCCCGUCGACUGGAAAGGGCCGGCAUUCAAUUUUGGUAUUCCCAGUCUUCCAUGGAUCAACGGGCGUGACCUGGCUGGCCUGGUACUACAAGUACCCGAAAACUCAUCGCGUCUUCGAGUAGGCGAUGUCGUUUUGGUGCCAUCCACGGAUUACCGAGAUAUCAGAAAGGCAGCAUUCCAAGAAUACGCUAUUGCCACCGAUUUUAAUGCCGCUCGCAUUCCCUCGACAGCUUCUAUCCAUGCCUCAGCCUCUGUAGGGGUUGCAUUCGUGGCCGCUGCGUUGGCUCUUGGUGUCUCGUUCGGAUUAGACUUCUCAUCUAUUACUCAAUCACCUGGGCCCAACUUGCCUAGCAUUAUUGGAAAACUUAACAAAGACGACAUCCCGGCCGACAUUCAAGAAGAAUGCUUUGCAUCAUUAUCAGGCUCUGAAAAGCCACAGCGUGGAGAUUGGGUUGCCAUCUGGGGAGCCUCCACCACUACAGGUCUCAUUGCUCUUCAACUGGCCAAGCUCGCAGGGCUCCGGGUUAUCUGUGUAGCAGAUGCCGCACGGCAUGGUGCCAAACUCCUACAGUCCGGCGCAGACCUCCUCGUCGACCGACAAGAUCCCGAUCGGGCAGUGGAAGUGAUUCGGGGUGUUACCGAUGGCAAGCUACGAUAUGCCCUAGAUAUCGUUGGGAGAGACACAGCAACAUUGCUUGAAAAGACCCUCAACCCCGACGGCCACGCCCAUCUUCUUGGACUUUCCGGUCUGCCCAAGGAACAAAUCCCCGGAAUCCAAUAUCACACCGUACCCAUUAAGCUUUUCCAUACCGCUCCCACAGUGGGUGAGGCGAUGGUGUGCUGGUUGGAGGACCUUCUGCAAUCAACAACUCUAACAUUGCCGGAGAUUGUACAUGCCGAGGGUGGGCUGGAGGGUAUUAAUGCAGCAUUGGAGACACUGCGCAGUGGCUCGGUAUCGGGGAAGAGAAUUGUGGUUGACCUGGGCUCUCUAUAG